AUGUGGAAAAUAGAAGAUGAGAUGCAUAUUCCAGAUUCAAGGAUCGGAGUUGAAAAAGACAAACAAAGAUGUUCAAAUAUUAUCAAAAAAUUUGGAAAAAAUUAUAGACCACUUAAUGUCAAAUAUUAUCAAGAAGGAAGUGGAAUUGAAAAAUCCAUUGCUAUAGGUAAUGUUAGUGGAAUAUAA